AUGGUAUCGAAGUGUCCCAAGCUCAUAGAUCUUCGUUUGUAUCUCUUCGAGAACGACUCCUCAAUGUGGCGCCUUCGAAGCGCUACCGAUAAAGGGAGUGUCGACCAGCUGUGCCGCAAGAUUGCAUCAGUCGCUCCCACACUUCAGCAUCUCGACUUGACGGAAUCAGCGCAUGCGACGCCCAUACACUAUGGCUACCUAAAAGAGCUAGGAACAAUAGAGACACUUGCUCAAUUUACUAAACUGAAUAUGAGAGACGCUUCGAUCACACCAUUGCCCCCAAACCUCCAGGCCAUGGAGAUCCGGAGACCAGACAUGGAGUUUCUCGAAGCCCUCUACGAGACUUUCAAUACGACUAUUCCUCCUUCUCGUUGGCCCAUGAAAUUCAGGGUCGAUGGGAGAAAGGAUCGUCACCAGUUCUACAUAUCCAACAAUGCAGAUGAAUAUCUGCAAUUGGCUAGCAUGGGUUAA